AACACAAGACGCUCACUGCGCAUUAUGGCUCCGACACUCGUGUUCUUCCUACUCCUCAGCGCGCUCCUGCUCCCAGGAGGAAAGGGCUGCGACCUCAGCUGGAUCCAGCACCGCUACGGAAUCCUGAGCAGGGAGACCCUGUCCUACCUGGACAGCAUGGGUGGAGAGUACAGCAACGCUACAGUGCCGGUCCCCUUCCCCAGCUCCAUCUACAAGACUGCGCGCAUCGCACCGGUAGGACAUUCGAUCGCGUCCCUUUGACACAUUUGUGCUGCGGCAACGCCGGUAAUUCGG